AGAAACGUCAAAAAAAACUCAAAAAGCCGCAUCGGCGAUAUUUGUUUUAAUUUAUUUUUAUUGUUAUUUUGUUUUAAAUUAGGGUUAAAAACAAUAGUUGAGUGCUACAACCAUAGUUUAAUCUAGUCCUGUAUUGUAAUUUGCUUGCAGUCUGUAGCGGUGACUUUGUGCCAUAAAAUAAUGUAAUUCACGAUCCUUUGUUAUUGAGUUCAGUUUCCUUGAGUUUUCGAUUGGUAAUUGUAAAUUGUUACCGCGUGAAAACGAAUAAUCGUGAAUGACCUUCGUUAUGUGAUAACGUGAUCUUAAAUACGAGCGAAUUACAGUUGAUUCAACUAGUAAGAAGAAGAAGAAUCUGUUGGAAUUUAAUUUUGGAACAAAAUGGCUAUUUCAGUCAGAAGUUUUGUUUUGAUUAGCCUGAUUUUCCUUAACGAAGGCACACUCCAAUAGGACUCUUACAAGAAAAUGUCCACAAUACAAGAGAAACAAACUGUUUGGCCAGGUAAUGAUAAUAUCAAUGCUAAAUAUGAAAAAUGUCUUAACAUCACUGAAGAGAUAUACAAGAGAAUAAAUAUUACAUUUCAAAUUAAAAAACUGGAAACAGCAAGCCAAAGUAAUGUUUCAGAUCAAAGUGACCAAAUAGACAGCAACGAAUUGAGCAAUGAGACGGACCUGUUUGCCUGUGAUAAAAGCAGCAUAUCAAGCAGUACGGAAGCAGAGAAACCAGUACUGGUACCAACAAAAUAUGUCAACAUUAACAAUAAUGAAGAGAAGCCGAGGCCUGCUGUUGUUUACAAAAAGCCUAGGAAACGAUUUCGCAAGAGAGUUAAGAAGCGACAGACUAAGAAACAGAGCGAAAGUGACGGAUCAAGUGAUGAAGCUUUGCCUCUCAGUCGUAUUGUGGAUGUUGACAUUGAUAAAUGCUUGAGCGAAGGUCAGGAGUCAGCGGAUAACGUUAUGGGAGUUCCCAACAUUAUUUUACUUGCUAAAGAUAUGAAACCAAAAACUAAACAAAACGACAAGAAAGUAGCUAAAAAGUAUAUAGAUACAAAACAUAUUGUAAAUGAGGGAUCUCUACGAUUCGAUGAGAAGAAAGAGAUAGAAACAUCGAAGAGCACACAGUACGACAAUGUGGAGAAUAUAAAGAGUCCUACAAAAGAUGCCAAGAUAUCAUUAGAGAUGAAGUGUUGUACUAUGUGUAAUUUACCAUUUCGUGGUGAGAGAGGUCUGAGACGUCAUAUUGCUAUGUCGCAUAUAGUUAGUGACGCGACCGAUGAGUAUAGAAGAGAUAAGGAAACUAAGCCAGCAUAAACUGGUAAGUGAUUUCAUUAAAUACGAUUAAGGGGGGGGGGGGGUGUCGACUAUAAAUAAAUAUUAUACAACAUCACAAAUACAUUGCUCAAUUCCCAAGAUGACUAGCUAAAGCCCCCGCAUUAUAGAGUAUCUGAGAUAAUGAAGGUACCACAACACCCAGACGUGUGACAGUAUAGAAAAGUCCAUUUUCCACAUUGACCUUAUCGACAGUCGAAACUGGGACCUCGGCGACAUUUUGAAACCGGCGUGCGAAACACUCGGCUACAGAGGUAGUGUAUGUCUUAUUUCUUCUUGGAAGGGAUAGGGAGUCUUGAUAAUAAGCCAGAUGACUAUUGUUUGUUUGUCUGUCCGUAGGACAGAUUAUUACAGAAUAUUAUACACGUAUUUUUCGCUUAAUCAGUAAAUUAAAUCGCUACUUUGAGUUAAAAUGUUGCAUAACCUCAAACCUUUUUUAUAUUUUCUACAUAGUUGUGACGUAUCAUGCCCCCACUCCUCAACUUUAAUGCCUGUUUAAGCCAUUUCUUGUUAAAAAGUCAAACUCAUUAAUAUGAUUGUUUGUUAUCUUUUUUAUAGUUCAACGACUUCAGUUAUAUUUUAAAGGUUCAUCUGUAUUAAGAUUACAUUUUAAAUAUUUAGCGUUGUCCCUCUCUCCCUCUUGUAAGAAAAAAAAAACAGCCCUCCCCCAUUAUCUUGCAUAAUAAAUGGAUAACGCUUAUUAUGUUUGUGUUUCACUUCUAGAUGUACCAAGAAAGAAGAAGAACGUAUCGACUAUUUUGUUAUAUAAUAUUUAUGUAUACACAUAGCAAUAUGUCAGGUUAUCACAGUAUCAUGCAUAUUAUUUUGAAUUUAAUUAUCAGUGUUAAGAUUGGAGAUAUUGAACAGCUUUAGAUAGCCUGAUGUGUUAUACAAAACUGUAUAAUAUCUCCAUUCAUUUUAAACUUUAAUGCUUUGUUAAUAGAGUUCUAUAUCAGUUAAAGAAAUUUGUUAUACUGUGGUAGCCUGAUGUGCAGCGUGUACGCUGUGAGUUGUUUUCGUGC